AUGAACGUUUGGGAAGCUAUUGAUAAUGAAGAUCUCAAUGCUGUUAAGCAGUGGGUUAAAGAAACAAGUGACAUUAACGAAGUUAACGCAGAUGGCCUCAAUAUCUUAAUGUAUACACUCAAAAACGGCAAAAAAGAAAUUGGUUCAUUUCUUAUCCGCUCUAAGAUCAAUUUAAAGUACGUUGAUCCACAAGGAAAGGAUGCUAUUAUGUAUGCUAUUGAAGGUGGUCUCGGUAUUGCUGUCCAACCACUGGUUAAGCAAAAACAUGUGGUCACCAACGUCGAUGUUCACGGCAGGUCACCACUUCACUAUGCAUGCAUAUACGGAUCAAAGGCCGGUGCUGAUUUCCUCUUGAAAUCAAAAGUUCCUGUUGCAGGUGUUGAUGAAGAUGGAAAUACUCCAUUGCAUCUUGCUCUCAUCAAUAAAACAAAAGGAAUGCUUCAAUUAUUCGCCCAGUACAAUCCACCUUACAACAAGCCAAACAAGAAAGGCGAAACCUUGGCUCAUUUGGCUGUAUACAAUCAGAGCGUUGAAGUUAUUAAGUACUUAGGCAACAAAAAGUUUGGUGUUGACUGGAAUGUUGCCGAUAAUGAAGGCUUAACUCCAGCUCUUAUUGCUGCAAAAGUCGGAGCUGAGAAGGUUUUACAACUUCUGUUCAAGCUUGGAGCAUCUCCAUCCGCUAAAGUUGCUGAUGGAUCUACAAUUGUCCAUCUUGCCGCGCUUGGUGGCCAUGCAAACAUCAUUCCAAUUACUUCAUCCGUCGGAGCUCCAAUUGAUGAAGCCAACAACGAUGGUAUCAAACCAAUCCACUAUGCAUGCAUGAGUGGAAGUAUUCAGAUCGUUACAGCCCUUCAAAAAGCUUUAGCCGAUCUCAAUUCACCAGAUAAAGAUGGUGAUAUUUCAAUUCAUUACGCAGUUCGUAACAAUCACAUUCCAGUUGUCGAAUUCCUCAUACAAAAUGGUGUUGAUAUCAACUCCCACGGCAAAGAUAAGAAAUCUCCACUUCAUCUUGCUGUUGAACUCGAGUUCCCGGAGAUGGUUCAACUCCUUACAGAACAUUCUUGCGAAACAACAACAAAAGAUAUCAACGGAGAAACUCCAUUGCAUUAUGCAGUUAAACAAAUGAAUAUUCCGAUCAUUAACUUACUCAUUGUUGCUGGUGCUACAACGAAUAACACGGCAAACGAUGGAACAGCUCCAUUGCAUAUUGUUGCAGAACAAAAUCAAGUCGAAGUUGCCAAAAUCUUGUUCGCAGCCGGUGCAGAUGCCAAUAUUAAGAACCAGCAACAGCAGACACCAAUGCAUAUUGGCUCAUUGUUCGGUUCCGACGACAUUAUUUCAAUUUUCAUCGAACAACAUGCGGAUUUGAACGCUCAGGAUGAGAAUGGGCAAACACCAAUGCACAUUGCUACACUCAACUGCCAUCUUGGCAUCUUAAAGAAGCUUGGAGAGGCAGGAUCAGAUCCAAAUGUCAAAGAUCGUCAAGGAAAAACACCAUUACAUAUCGCCUGCUCUAUGCAGAACGAAGAAUAUGUUGCAACAUUACUAUCAUUCAAGGCAAACGUUGCUUUGGCCGAUGAAAAUGGCAGAACAGCGUUACAUUACAUUGCAGAUCUUGCCAAUUUCAAGCUUACGCAGCUUCUUCUUCAGAAUGGAGCCCCUGUUAAUGUUGUUGAUGUAGACAAGAACUUACCACUUCACUUGGCCGCAUUAAAGAUGGAUAAAAAAGUUGUUGCCGCAUUAAUCAACGCUGGAGCAGAUGUAAAAGUCAUGAAUACUAAAGGAUUGACACCAAUGCAAGGUACAAGACUUACUUUCUCCAAAUACAUGAAAGCUCUCGUUAAAGAAAGAGAUGAAAAGGAACAAGUUGUCAAUCCAAACAAAUAUGAGCCAGGAAAUGUCUUGGAUCAGUCGAAUAACGUUCUUCAAGGUGAUGCAGAACUCAGAGAAAUGAUUUGUCUUUUAUGUAAGAGAAGACCUGCUGUUGCUGCUAUUGUUCCUUGCGGACACCUUUGCUGCUGCGAAGUUUGCCAGAAGGAAAGAGUUUCUUCACUCAAAGUCUGUCCUUUCUGCAAGAAAGAAUGCUUCGGAGCUGUUAACAUCCUUGUUGAAAUUUAA